AAGACAAAGUUGAAACAAUUAUCAUUCAACAAGAGAGUGAGAACGAUGGUUUACCAACAUCACAUGGUCCACAUGUUCCAGAAACUUCGGGGGGUUUUGGUAAAGUGUCUAUUUCUGAAUUCUAAUUUCACAAUCAGUAAUGAAUUAAACCAGCCCAACAUUAAGCCAUGCAAAAUACAAUUUUUUAUUAAUAAUUGAUUGUUAGAAAUUGAUUGUUUUCACAGACUUUGAAUAUUUGCAUUUACACUGAUUAUGGCCAAAUGCCUGGUUGGCUUAUUAUAUUGGUCAAGAUCAAUUCUUAGAUUUUAAUUUAUAUUCCAUGAACAGACAUGUAUAAUUAAAGCCUUGCAUCACUUUUUAUUUAUUUAGCCCUAACAUCUCAAACUGACAGUGUUUAAUGAUUGACAGUUUCAUACAGUGGCGCAAUUAUAUUGUCUACAAUUAUAGAGUUAAAAUUUGGUGAUAACACAGAACUUGAAACACUAGACACACCUCUUUUGUUAAUUUUAGUGGCACUGGCAUAUUAUAUUAACAAUUGAGUGGUAAUUUAUGCAUUCAGGCAUCAUAUUUGUGUCCUAACUAAAUCAUGCAUGUAUUCUAUGCAAUGUAAAUAUUUAAUUCACCAAAUAUAUUUGAAUUUUUGUUCUUAAUUGACUGCUUCUAACUUAUCUUUUUGAUUGAUUUUAUUUGUCAAAGCUAGGUUAGCGCUAACCCUGGGAUAAAUGGUCAUAAAUUUUAAUCCAGUGUUUUAGUUUAUUUGUUUCUGAACCCUGGUCAUUUAAAAACUUUAGAGAAUAUGACUUCUAACGGUUCAAGGUUAGCCCUAACCUAUCUACUGGCCCCAGGGCAGUCUAAUUACGCAAUUUAAUAUAAAAGUAACAGCUUCAAGAUUGUUCGUGCAAGGUGGUAAAGAAAUUGCAUCAGCUGAAGGUACCACGCAAGGUGAUCCGUUAGCCAUGCCGUCAUACGCCGUCGCCAUUACUCCACUCCUGCUCAUGAUUAAAUCUGAUGAAGCUAGUGAUGUAAGGCAUGUUGCGUACGCGGAUGACCUUAGUGGGGCAGGUAAGCUAAUGCAACUGCGUGCCUGGUGGGAGAAGAUUGCCGUGCAUGGUCCGAGUCUUGGUUACUACCCGCGAGCUGAUAAAUCCUGGUUGAUUGUGAAGCCACACCUGGAGCAGACUGCCAUUGAGAUCUUCGCUGGAACUAAUGUACAAAUUUCAAGUGAAGGGCAUAAGUACCUUGGAGGAUAUCUUGGAUCGGAUGACGGAAAAGAUAAGUAUAUUAGUUCUUUAGUUAGUAAAUGGUGCCAGCAACUUCACGUUUUGAGUGAAAUUGCCAAAUUCCAACCCCAAGCAGCAUACACGGCGUUUGUCUCAGGUUUUCGGCACAGAUUUACUUACCACAUUCGUGCCGUUCCAGGUAUCAAGACCGCGAUGCAGCUUGUUGACGACACCAUCAACCUGAAGCUCCUUCCUGCACUCCUCGAUAACCGUAGCUUGUCUAUCCAUGAGCGACAAUUGGUUUCGCUUCCAGCUCGUAUGGGAGGUCUUGGUAUUCCGAUCUUUAACGACAUCUGUCAUGAAGAGCAUUUGAACUCCACAACCAUCUGUCAUCUUCUCUCAAGUAGAAUCAUCCAUCAGAAUGGUACACCAUGACACCAUCAGCAGAACAUGGAGAUUCCAUCCACGAUCUUCGCCGUGAGAUUGCAAAACAACGUCAAGCUAGGAACUCGUUGCUGCUACAGAACUUGAGAUCGAGCAUGAGUGAAGAGCAGAUUCGAGCAAAUGACCUCGCCCAGUUGAAAGGAUCCUCAGCUUGGCUAACUGCUCUGCCACUUGCUGAAGAGGGCUACAUCUUGACCAAGCGUGAGUUCUUUGAUGCAAUCUACAUGCGUUAUCGAUGGCCUUUGAAACGCCUUCCAUCUUUCUGCGCUUGUGGAAAAUCGUUCACGGUAGAUCAUGCCCUGUCGUGCCUGAAAGGAGGUUUUAUCCAUCGAAGACAUAAUGAGAUCCGUGAUCUACUUGCUGCUGCUAUCGAUGACGUUGCUUACGAUGUUUCAAUUGAACUUGCUCUUGCUCCUUUGACUGGCGAGGUUCUUCCAUCCAGUGCUAACUCAACCGAUGACGCCAGAGUUGACAUUGCUGCGAGAGGUUUCUGGCAGAGAUGUGAAAAGGCAUUUUUUGAUGUAAGGGUGUUUAACCCAUACGCCUCUACACAUCGACGCCAGACGUUGAGCAGCUCGUUUAAAGCCAACGAACGGGAAAAGAAGCGACAUUACAACCAACGGAUUGUUGAGGUCGAGCAUGGCUCCUUCACACCGGUCGUCUUCAGCGCCUUUGGCGGAUGCGGAAGAGAGACCCAACAUUUUCUUUCCUUCCUGGGUGCGAAGCUGGCUGACAAGAAGAAUCAUUCUCCAUCUAUGGUGGUUAGCUGGUUACGACGAAAGAUCGCCUAUGCUUUGCUUAGAGCUCGCGUGGUGUGUGUUCGUGGCAGUCGAAGUUGGAGGACCGCGUCCAUCACAUCAACUAACGACAUUACGUUGUCGGAAUGGAACUCCAACAUUAGCGAGUAGUCUAGUUAAGUUGUUUUUGUAAAUAGUCUGUAGAACUAUUAUACUUAAUUUUAAUGCAUGAUUGAUUAUUGUAAAUUUCCCUAGUACUAAUAAUAUAACAAAGCCAAAUUUAAUAUAAAACAAAAACACGCGCCGGGGACGUGUCACGUGCCUGCCCCAGGGCACAGCCCAGGGGUUUAUCUGUAAAUGGGGAAUCCCCGCCGCGGAUUUUGCUAUGACUUAAUUAUUUCGCAAUUUGUAUUCCAGGAGGGGUUGAAGAAAAUUUGCAAAAAUACAAAUACAACGUUGCAAUCAAAAUGUUGCACGAAAAAUCACUCUACAGCCUAAAUAAUCGUAUUUUAGGAUGAUUUUGUGUUGUGUGUAUACAUUGCUUGUUUCCUGAGUGAUAAGAAACUUCUAAAAUUCUUUAAUAUGACUAAAUACUGGCCUUUCUUGUGUCAAAUUUUUUUAUUGAUGAAAACAUUCUUCUUGCUGUGUAUGAGUGAUCCUGGUGUGUCAGAAACACCUAAAACAAAUUGUAGUAUUGAGGAAUAUGGAAUACAAUCUGAAGAUGGACAACUUAAAUGCAUACCAUGUACUGCCUUACCCACUUGUCAACAUGGCUUGGGCAUUUCAGUAGUUUGUGGGAGCAUUGUUUCCAAGAAAACACACAUACAUUGUGUUCCUUGUGUUCGUGGUAAAACAUUCUCAGCAUCAAGUGAUAACAAACCUUGUCAGAGAUGCCAAAGCUUAGAUUGUCACCCAAAUGAAAAAGUUCUUGGUAAAUGUGAAGUUGAUAAAGAUACUUCAAAAUGUAGUGGAAUCUGUGAAAAAGGAUUUUAUUCAAACACAGGCAGAUUAGAUCACUGUCAGCCAUGUUCAUUAUGUUCAAAUAAUGAUAGUACAGCUGUGGUAAAAAAGUGUAAAGAUGAUGGCAUACCUAAUGGAAAACAAUGUAAAGUUCCUUCACCAGCAAAGCCUUCUGUUCGUACAUCCAAGCUGUUCUCAACAACAAAAACUGAAUGCAAAGACCAAAAAUACGGAUCUCAAGGUUACAAGUCAUAUCAUGCACGGUUUGUUUCCCUGGUUGUCGUCAUUAGUAUUCUUUCGGCUGUUACCUGUAUUCUUGCCAUUCUUUUGUGGAAACAAAAACACAGAAAAAAGACAUACAGCUCUGAAGAGGGCCAAGCGUCCCCUUCAGGUGUGGGAAAUGAGUCUGUUGAAAAUCAAUCUGACCAGGGCGAAGUUGCAUUAGCCUCAUGCAAGGGAAAAUCUUCAUCCGGUUCUACUGGAAGUCAGAAAGUUUACUACACCAAACAAGAUUCCAAUUCCAAUACUGACGAAAUGUUAUUGCCUGCAAGUGAACAGCAGGAUAAGGAUAAGGAUGAUGUUUUUGAUGAGCAGCUGGACACUCAAAAGACUCGUGAACGAAUACGAAAAUUGUCUAGUUCAUCAGGGAACAAAUAUCGCUUCAGUUUCAUGCGUCAGAACUCUAAUCCAAUACCAGAACAUCAAGAAGAAAAAGCAUUUCUUAAACGAAGAAACACCUUCAGUAAUUUUACCAGCUUACUUAAUACUGAUCCAAAGAUAAAAGGAAAUAAAGAGGAGACAGCCUCCCUGUUAUUCUCGGCAGAUGAUAGUGAUGAUGAUAUGCCAACGCCUCCUCCAGAAGCCCCUUCGUCCUUAGGAGAAAGCAACAGGAUUUUUAACUCAAGCCCAAUGCCAGAACAUGUGGGAAAUAGUGAAACUACUUCCACAGACCAGAAUGAUAAUGACAUUCUACCGGAUGUGGUAAUGCUUCCUCCUAGUUCCUCUUCAGCUCCUCACAGACUGUCGGGUGUAAAAGUCAGGGAAAUGAAUGCCGAGAUUUACCUCCAACUUUGUAAUAUGUUAAGUCUGGAAAUACACAACAAAGAUUGGCGGACAUUGGCAGGUCGUAUGAAAUACUCCAACCAACAAGUCAAAGAAUUUGCUAAUCCAGAUAAGUUACUAGAUCAUUGGGGGGUAAAAGAUGGUAAUGACGUUGCCCGUUUGAUAGACCUUGCUAGAGGACUGGGAAGAGAUGACAUUGUCAAAUUAUUGGAAUCUGCUGAAACUUAUCCAACGAAUUUUUAACUGUGAAUUUACCAUAAACAAUGUUUUUUACAAUUCGAUUGCCUACCUCAAAAGCAGGUUUUUCAAACAACUUCAAUCCUAGACAAAAAACACACGGACGUUAUUUAUUAUCGCUGAACUUUCGGUCUAUCAAUUAUUUUUUCGCAUGUGCAGUCGUAUUUCCCGCUCCCCUAUUGCAAUGAUGUUGGGA